GGCAUUUGUUCGAAUUUAACUGUACGUGCGUCGUACGCCAUGAAAAAAGCAAAAAUUUCGAUCUAGAAUCUUGAAGUUUCAUUGCCCAGUGUCUUUUUAUGUAAAUUGUCAAUUGAUUUGUGAAUGUUUGAAUGUGAUAACACUUCAAGUUAAGCCCGAGAAUGUCUGCGAAGAGUUCAAUUCAGGUGUGCAUUAAGGUGCGUCCCCGCGAGGCCGGCGAUUCCUCUGUGUGGGAAGUGAAAGAAGGUCGGUCCAUACAUCUAAUCGACAGCCAGGCCGAUCCGUGUGUCUUCGACUAUGUGUUCGACCAGAAUGCAAAUAACCAGGAGGUGUUUGACCGCAUGGCCAAGCAUAUCGUGCAUGCCUGCAUGCAGGGCUUCAAUGGUACUAUUUUUGCCUACGGCCAGACGUCAUCAGGCAAAACGUACACAAUGAUGGGCGACAACCAGAAUCUAGGCGUUAUGGUGCUCGCGGCCAAGGAGAUCUUCAAGCAGAUAGCUAACGACAACGAUCGCGACUUUCUGCUGCGUGUGGGCUACAUUGAGAUCUACAACGAGAAGAUCUAUGAUCUGCUGAACAAGAAGAACCAGGACCUCAAGAUACACGAGGCCGGCAAUGGCAUUGUGAAUGUGAACUGCGAGGAGUGCAUCAUAACCAGCGAGGCGGAUCUGUUGCGAUUCCUUUGCAUGGGCAACAAGGAGCGCACAGUGGGCGAAACCAAUAUGAACGAGCGCUCCAGUCGCUCCCAUGCCAUCUUUCGUAUCAUCAUCGAGUCGCGCAAGAGCGAUCGCACUGAGGACGAUGCCGUCAUUCAAAGUGUCUUGAACUUGGUAGACUUGGCCGGUUCCGAGCGGGCCGAUCAGACGGGUGCGCGCGGGGCACGCCUCAAGGAGGGCGGCCACAUCAACAAGAGUCUGCUGUUCCUCAGCAAUGUGAUCAAGAAUCUGUCGGAAAACGUCGACAAUAAGUAUAUAAGCUUCCGCGACUCCAAACUGACGCGAAUUCUGCAGGCUUCGCUGGGCGGCAACGCCUUCACGUCCAUAAUAUGCACCAUCAAACCCUCGAUAAUCGAGGAGUCGCAGUCGACCAUAAAUUUCGCCAUGCGGGCCAAAAAAAUUCGCAUUAAGCCCGAGGUGAACGAGAUGGUCUCCGAUGCCACAAUGAUGAAGCGGCUGGAGCGGGAGAUUAAGGAGCUGAAGGAUCGCCUGGCCGAGGAGCAGCGCAAGAACGAGAGUCAGCUUAAGGUGAAGCAGCUUGAGAACCGCAUCCAGAACGACAUGCACAAGAUCAUCACCAGCAACUCGCUGAACGACAAACGCCUGCAGAAGCGCCGCCGCACCUGGUGUCCAACCACCUCGAUUCCAGAGGGUGGCCUGCCCACACCGCUGCCCUGCAUCCCGGCCGAGCCCAGCAAGGAGCGGCCAUCGAAGCUUUCGCAGCUGCCAAAGCCGGUUUUCUUUCCCAACUCUCACAUCAGCCACCGUGCCGAUAAUGGUCCCAAGACAGUUAAUAUUAUGAAGUCUCUGGACAUUGGCACUGAUGAUGAGGAGUUCUCGCCAGCGGAGCUCAUAGACUUUGGCUUGCGGCCAUCGGAUGAACUGAGGACGAAAGAGCACAGCAGGAUGCUGCCAGCGCUGGCUCUCACGCCCAAUAUUGGGCAGUUGGGAGUGGCAAGCUUGGUGGAGAAAACGAAAACCGAUCGCUUGGAGCUGCAAAUGUUUACCUCGUUAGAGAAGCACUUUGAUGGGGACUGGGAAAAGUCCCAGGCUCUGGCAGCGAAGUUGUCCGAGGUCACAGUCCAGCGGGAUGAGCUAGAGUCAGAGAGCCAAAUGAAUGCACAGCGAUGCGAUGCCCUGCAGGCCGAAGUACAGGCAGCCAAUGCGAAGAACGUGGAGUACGAGGAGCAGCUAAAGACCUUGAAGGAGACCGUACAGAAGCUGGAUCUGGAGAAUCGUGAGGCUGUGAGCUUGGAGUUUGAGUAUCAGUCGCACAAGACCAAGUCAAAGCUGCGUGAGACCGAUCUGCUGUCGGCCUUGGCGGAGAAGGAUUUGACCAUAGAGAAUCUGCAGAAAACUCUCGACGAAAUGUCUCGCGAUAUUCUGCGCAACAGCAAAGAGGAGCAGAUGCGCUCCCCCAUACUGAAUACAUCGCUGCCCGAAACAAGCUGCAACAAGUGUCUGGAGUUGGAAGGGCUCCUAGCCGAUGCCGACACCAAGCUGGCGAGCGUUCAGCUGGCCCUUAGCCAGAAGACGGCGGACUGCGAGCAACUCAACAGUCAAAUAUCCACAGACCAUGACGACAUGACUCUUCUGCUGGGAAAGUACGAUGGGCUGGAGCAGAAUUGUCACAGCCAGCAGCAGGCCAUUCAAACCAUGGAGGCAGACUACAAUGUACUCCAACAGAAGUACCAAAAGCUGCAGCAGGAGUACGAGGAUUUGGGACGAACCUCGAAAGCUUCCGCAGAGCAGUGCCAGCAGCUGGAGGCUGACAACACGACACUGCAGGCCGAGAUAGUAAUUCUCAAAGAGCGCGUGGAAGAAGCGCAGCGCUUAAUCUUAGAGUCGCCUAAUCCAAAGGCACUUGCGGAACAGCUCAAGGCGCAGAAUGAUGAGCUGAAAGCAGAGCUGUUGGAGGUGCAAACGAGCUAUGCGGACAUGCAGCGUGAAUACGAUUGCAUGUCCAACCAGCUCAUGGAGAGCGUACAGGAGUGUGAUGUCCUUCGGGACGAGUGCAGCGCUCUGCGUGAGGAGCUCAAGCAGCGUGCUAUGCCCAGCUAUGACAUCGAAUCGAUGAAGAGCUCUGGCGUCGGCACAGAGUGUAGUGAGGCCGAUCUAGAGUCGGAGAUAGACAGCGCAUUUUUGGAGAAAUUUGCCAGGCUGUCAGAUUCGCUGCACGAGAUCGAGCUGCAGCAUCGCCCGGGCUGCAGUCGCCUCUUCAGGGCUACUAAGAUUCAUGAGCCCAAUGUGCCCGGCCUGAAGCUCUGCCUCGAGUCUGCUACAGACAUACACACCGUCUCGCACUCGCUCGAUGAUGAUACAGUCGAUGCCGUGUGCCUGAAGGGCGUGCUGCGACAGCACAGUUUCCAGAUUAUCAGGCUGACCCAGGAGUCUGCGCCCGUGCAAGAUGAGCUGGAGCAGAGACGCCUGCUCGACCAUAUUGCCCAGCUGGAGAGUGAGAUUGCGGAGAAGAACAUGCUGAUCGAUGCCACAGAGGGCACCAUCAACGAGAUGCGCGAACAGAUGACCAACCUGGAGUCGGCUCUACUGGAGAAAUCGGUGAUAGUCAACAAGGUUGAGUCGUAUCAGCGACAGAUCGAGUCCCUGGAAAAGCAGAAUGCUGAGAUAACCAUUGUCUGUGAGGAGCUGCAGGAGAAGGUGAAGGAGAACACACUGAGCGAGAGUCUGAUGCUAGCCCAUGGCGACGACACCCUGCCCGGCAGCACAUCCCCCUUGAUGCUGCAGGACCAGGAGCCCUCUGAGAUAGCUGCCCUCAAGGCAUCCCUUACCGACCUAAAGGACAAAAUCGCCGAGCUGCAAGACCGCGUGACCGAUCAACUGUGUCAGAUGCAGCAAAAAGACAACCAAAUCGAUCAGCUGCGUGCGGAAAUUGAGGAGCUGAACGAACGCUGCAUAUCCAUGGAGGUGAAGCAGGCUGAGCUGCAGUCCAAUGCCAGCCAGCAGCAGCAGCUCCUGGAAAGACAAGCAGAGAAAUUGGCAGACGAUGUGCGCCGCAUCGACCAGCUGCAGGAAACCAAUGCAAAGCUCGUGGAGCGCAGCAUCAAGGCUGAAGACUCCCUGUCGGAGAUGCAGGAGCGUUUGCUGCACGACAAUCGCAUCGAGAGUUUGGAACAAUCACUGAAGAGUGCCAGAGAUCACAACGAGACUCUUGAAGAAGACCUGAAAAGUGCCAGGAAUCACAUCGAGACUCUUGAGGAAGACCUGAAGAGUGCCAGGAAUCACAUCGAGACUCUUGAGGAAGACCUAAAGAGUGCCAGGAAUCACAUCGAGACUCUUGAGGAAGACCUAAAGAGUGCCAGAGAUGUGAUAGACGCCAAUGAGAAGCAGAAAACAGACGAACUGAAUGCCCUUAAGCUCGAGUAUCUUGACCAAAUAGAGCGAAGCGAGACCGAAUAUCGCUCCAAUUUCCACAAAUACAACACGGAGUGGGAGGAGGGCAGGGAACGCUACGAACAGAGCGUGGCCAGGUUGAUGGCAGACCAAGCUAAGGCUGCUGCUCAACACCAGGCAGAGCUGGAGGACAUCAGGACAGAGCAGCACGUGGUCUUGGAACAGCUAAAGCAGGAGAAGCUCGAACUGGAGUCGCUGUACGCGAAGAGCCAGGAAUUGGUGGAUAAGCUACAAUCGCAGCUAAGCGCCCGAGACCGCAACUCUACCGAACAGCUCGAUGAGCUGGUAACAUCCUCACAGCAGAGGAUUCAGGAGCUUGAAGAGCGAUGUGAAAGGUAUACUUUGGACUUUGAUCAGCUGAGUUCUAAGUGCCGCACUGACCUGGAUAAGAUGAACGAGGAGAAGAUGGCCCUGCAUUCCGAAAUCAAAGAGGCGGAUGCGCAGCAUUCGAGCACUUUGGAGAAGCUUUAUCUGCUGGAGCAGGAACUGGAAUCCUUAAGCAAGCAGACAUCCGCCGAGAAGGCUGAACUACUCGACAAAAUCGAGACUUUCACCUCGAAGAACAGUGACCUCAAUGAAGAACUGCAGCGGGUUCAAAAGAAGGCUCUGGCCUUUGACGACUUAUUCUGCCAGCAUCAGAGGUUGCAGGCGUGCUUGAGCGAGGCCACCGGGGUCAACAUUACGCUAAGAGAACAAGUAGAGAGCCUUCAGGGCGAGCUAAACAGCUCCCAGAAAGAACAAAGCAAACGAACCGAUGAAAUCGAAGAACUUCGAUCGAAGCUGAAGGGGGCUUUGGAAGCAAAGACCUCUGCGAGCACACAGGAGACUGUUCUGACCAAUCAGCUACAGGAAAUGGAGGCAAAGAUGUGCAGUGAGGCAGCACAGCUCCAACGGGAGGUGGCAGAGCUGAAGAACUCAAGGCACGAGCUGCAGCUGAAGCUGGAAUCGCUGCAAGAGAGCAACGAGAAGCUGGAGUCGAGCAAUCAAGACCUAGAAGUGACAAUGAAGAAUGCCAGAAACCUACAAAGUUUGCUUGAAGAGGAACAACAACUGUGUUGCACUUUGCGCGACGCCUCCGCCAAACUGGAGCAAUCCAAUACGCAGCUUGUGGCUCAACUUAAGGAAAAGGAUGCAGCUUGUGUAUCCCUCCAGGAUUCAUUGUCUCAGCAGAAAUUGGCAAUCGAAGAAGCCAAUAGGAAAUGCUUGAAAAUGCAUCAGGAACGUGAGCAGGCUCAGCAGUCAGUGGAAGAACUCAAAAACGAAUGUGAAACCCUGCAAACAACUCUGAAAACCAAAGAACAGCAGCUGUGCAUGUUGACCACACAGUCAGAACACAAUUUGAAGCUAGGGGAUCAACUUAAAUUGAGGGAAACAGAACGUGACGCUCUCCGCAACGCUUUAAGCGAGAAGGAGAAACUCCUUGAAGAAACGAAUAAGAAAUGCCUAGAAAUGCGCCAGGAAAUGAAUGAGGCUAGGCAGUCAGUAGCUCAACUCAAGGCAAAGGAUGCAGCCUGUGAGGUCUUCCAAAAUUCCUUGUCUCAGCAAAAAUUGGUGCUCGAAGAAGCCAAUAAAAAAUGCCUGAAAGCGCGGCAGGAAGCUGAGGAGGCUCGCCAGUCAGUAGCUGACCUGACCAAGGAAUGUGAAAGGCUGCAAACGGCACUGCAAACCAUUGAGGCAGAACGCGAUUCUUUGCGUAGUACUGUAGCCCAGCAAGAGCAAAGCCACGCUGAAACCAAUAAGAAAUUAAAGGAAAUGCAACAGAAAGAUGGAGACAGUCGCAAGUCAGUGGCGGAACUGACCAACGAAUGUAAAAGGCUGCAAACGGCACUGCAAACCAUUGAGGCAGAACGCGAUUCUUUGCGUAGUACUGUAGCCCAGCAAGAGCAAAGCCACGCUGAAAACAAUAAGAAAUUAAUGGAAAUGCAACAGAAAGAUGGAGACAGUCGCAAGUCAGUGGCGGAACUGACCAAAGAAUGCGACAGGCUUCGCACAACAAUGAAAACCAAUGAGACUAGUUAUCGCAGUGAAAGGGAACGCAUAAACGCCACUGUGUCCAGUCUUUUGGAGGACAAACGAAACCUAGAAGAAAAGCUGUGCACUCUCAACGAAAUCGUGGAGAAGCUGCAGGCUGACUUGACUGCUCUGCAGGGACUCAAAGCGAACGCCAGCAAUGUCUCCUUUGAGUCCAAUGCAUCCAGCACGUCGCCUGCUUCCACAGAUCGCCUUGCUGUGCCAAGGAAAUCAAUUAGCUUUGAGUCUGACAUGCGCAAGAGCCGACGCUUAAGCGUUCACGAUGAGCGUCGCAGGCAGUCCUACUGGAACAAUGUGCGUGACUGGGGGACCAUGACGGAUCCUGCGGACAGUAAUUGCAACUGUGUGGAUCUCAACCGCAAGCUGCAGGACUACACGCGUGAUCUCUUUAUACGCGAGAGCCAGGUGACUGCGCUAAACAUUGAGCUCAAAAACCAUCCACUGAAGGAGGAGAAUGCACAGCUACGCAAACGAUUUUUGGAGGACCAGGAAAAAGCGCGUGCCGAAGUGAAACGUCUUAAGCUGAAGAAUCAAGAUCUCACUAGCGUGAUCAAUGACUUGACUGCAGCAGCAGCUGCAUCAAAUGCAACUGCGGCCAAAGGCCAAGCAUGCAGAAUAAUCCCUGCGACGAUCUCGGUGGAUACACAGACGGAGUCUGCCUUGGAGAAGGUCCUGGAGAAGACAAACCAAAAGUAUCAAGACGCGCUUCAACUGUGCCGAUCCCGCUACUCUACGAUCCAAGAUUUGGAGCAGAGACUGAAGCAAAACGAAAAUUGCGACACCUCCAACAUGACCUCGCUCACAGCAGGUCAAAUCAAUGCACUCAAGACCCAAUGUGAGUCGCAGAAGAAGGAACUGUCUGCCAUGAACGAGAAGUACGAGUACGCGAAACGUGUGCUCAAGAUGCGCAAGGAUGAGGUGAUCGAUCUGCGUGAAAAAAUCGCUGGCCUCGAGGCAGCCUUUUCAGCCAAAUAAGUCAUUAGAUUAUCGUAGUUUAAUUUGUAUAUUUCUUUAUGCCCGUAUCAAGAUCAAAUCGUAAUUCCAUUUAUUUAUUCUGUGUGAAAUCAAAACUUUCAAUAUUUUUGUGAGUAUUUUUAAAUGUAUUUAUGUAUUAUGUCAUUAACUUUAGUAUUGCAAGGUGGACAUGUAUCGAAUACACAGCUACGCUGCCUACUGCAUAUUUCUGUACUAAUCAAAAAUUAUACGGUCCCACAUAAGAAUUAUAUUUCCUGUUUAUUUCUGUACGCCUAAGCUGAUGAAGGAACAGAACGAAGAGUGGUGGACUGGUGGACUUGGGGCAAUACCUACCUUUAAAUUGAUGCCCCCAACAAUCUGUUGAGCAAAUGAUCAUUGGAUCAAAUGUACCUGAAAUUGAAGAAACGAAACCACCCAGCAAAUAUCAGAUAACAGAUAGAAACUCUAUCUUCGUUCUUCAUAACGCGGCUUUAUUGUAAUUUCAAUAAAUAUUUAUAACUUUCUAAGCAC